AUGGAGCUGAUGCAGCAGCUUACAGUUUGUGCGGCCCUCCUGCUGGCCGUCGCAGCCGUAAGCAUUCACGGGCAGUUCCCACCCGGACCGCGCUACAGCCUGGACAACAUGCCCAAGACGGGCUUCACCUGCCGGGAUAAAAUCCUCGGCGGAUACUACGCCGACUCGGAAACCCAAUGCCAGAUGUUUCACGUGUGCGUCAAGGUGGCCGGAGUAGGUGUGCAAGACUUCCGGUUCCUGUGCCCCAAUGGUACGGCUUUCGACCAGGAAGCCCAGAUCUGUGCCGAUUGGGGUGAUGUGGAUUGCGAGGCGGCCACACUCUACUACGGCAGCGAUAAUUUCGACCUGUACCGGCUUGGAUCCGGCUUCGAGAGCAAGCGGGCGCCAUUCGCCGAAGAAGAGGAAGCCACCUUCCAUUUGCAGCGUGCCGAAACGAGCGAUGCUCGAAGAAGCAAGCAGUACAUUGUUAACCAGAGCUCCAAACCACAGCAACCACCGAGCUUGAACCAGAUCCCUAGCGUACAGAAACCAUCCCAGCAGCAGCAGCAGCAGCAUCAGCAGCAGCAGUACUAUCGCCAACCGGCAACCACGUCGACGACCACCACAACAACGACGACGACCACGACAACCACUCCGGCAACACCCGUGGAGCAUGUGUUCUACAAAACGAGCCAAGCGCCGACAAAGCUUCACCAAAAGCACUCGGAACACAAGCAACACCAACUACUGCUAAACCAGCAACAACUCCUGCAAGCGCAACACUACCGCCAGCUGACGGCAGUAGCCGCAACUGCAACACCGGCCGAUCGACGUCCAUCUGUGGAGGAAAUUCGCACUACGACGCCAUCCUUCGCUCGGGCUCAUCAGCAACCACAGCAACAGCAGCAGCAGCAACAGCAGCCAGGGCAGCGACAACAACAGGCGCGACCCGCCCACAGCACCGACUACAACAACGAUGAGAUCUUCCGCGGUUCGCAUAGUUCGCAUUUCUACAACAACCGCAACAAUGGCAAGGAGGACUACGAGGAGGAGCUGUAUCGCAAGUCGACGACGACGCCUCGUUCACCGGCCGGUGGAGCUAACCGAGCUUCAACGAAUACGGCCCAACCUGGAACACGUGGGCGCAAUCGUGGCCGUGGAAGUGUUCGAGCGCAUCAUCUAAACGCACUGCGCAAUGAGCUGAAACCGAGCACGAGCACAACUCCGGCGUCUAGCCCGGUUCCCCAGCGUCAGCAGUACACGCCCCAGCAACACCUGCAGCAACAGCAGCACCAGCAACAUCGUCCCCUUCUACCGACCCAGCUGCAAUCGCAGCAACAAUUCCCACUGCAGUUGCCUCGUCAGCAGCCACACACCAAACUUCAGACGACAACCCCGGAUGACUUUGUGGACAUUCCGAAGAUCCCUAACUUCCGGCAGCAACCGACGACGGUGUUGAAGCCCCAGCAACCUCAGGUGCCGGUGUCCUUUGGACAGGCCAUCGUUUCUACGCCAGCUCCUUUCGCGAAACAGACGCAAGCUCCGACGAACAUCCAGCAGUCGGGUUCAAGCAACCGAGGAAAUGGGCAGUUCUACGUACCCACAACUUCGACAACUCAAGCUCCAGUACAGCAAGCGCAACGGUUCGGAGGCAACCAGCCUGUUACCAGCAACUUUAAGAUAACUGUCACUACACCACACAACGAUCGAACGAACUUCCAACAGCAGAACCAACAGCAACAGCAGCAGCAGUUCAACUUCAACUCGCAAUCUCGUCAACAACCGUCAGCAGGUAGUAGCACUGUCAAAGCCCCAGUUAACAACCCGUUCGCGUUGUUCGGAGCUCAGACAACAUCGACGGUGCGUCCUCGUGGAACGGAGCGUUCGUUCGAGGAUGUUGCCGUCACAACACCGCAGGAAUCACAGCGCAUCCGGCCACAAUCCCGUGCCUUCAACGUAGAUCAGAGCAGGCUGAAUCAGUUCAACUACAACGAGUACCAGGGAAGUCGUACCACUACCUCCACGACGACUACUACGACGCCAGUACCACCGACGACGUUCGCACCUUCGCAGCAAAACUUCCGCCAGCGUCAACCGCAACCUCAGCAGAACUCGUUCCAGCAGAAUCCCUUCUUCGGAGGACAAGCUCAAGGACCGAGUACGACGCCAGCCGCUAUCACGACCAUUCCACCGGCCGUAGUGCAGCGUGCUGUGGCGAAGGAUCGCUACCAAUCGAUUGCUCGCACCGGCAACGAAGGCCACACACCGUCCACGGUGAAGAAGUUCUCAACACUCGUGCCGAAGGAUCAAUACAAUCCGACCACUUUCAAGCCGAAUGCGAUCAGCAAGAAAGCACUGCUGCAGUUCGUCAAUCAGAAGAGUGUGCUAGGGCUUGAGAAGUCGCCAUUUUCGGACCGCGUGAGCAUCGCCAUUGCGACCUCCACCAGCACUACUGAGCGGGUUCCGGCCUCUACACGAUAUCCUGGUUAUAUCCCGACCGUUCCACCAGUGACUUCCACAAGCACAGCUCCAACAACGACAACGACGACGACGACGGCGACUACAACCACCACGACAACGCGAGCUCCUUUUACAACACCGACAACAACGAGAGCACCCCCAACAACUACGUUCACGCCUCCACCACCGAAUCGCUUCUUCCAGCCACCGAUCGUGAAGGUCAGCAACCCUCUGACGCAGUCCCCGAUCGUGGUGACGUCGGCGAAACCAACCCCAACCGAGAUCGACGAGGACGAUGGCCAGUAUCACCCGGAGCUGUACGAGAAGGAUUUCUACCGGAACCGCGUGAAGGCAAAGGCGGCGGCCGCAGCAGCACUGGCCGCUGCCCGCAACACCAACGGUCUGGCCUCUCUGUCGACGAGCGAUGAGGAGGAAAUUUUCCGGACGGCUCACUCGCAAAACAUCGCCGCCAGCGGGAACGAUCUGAUCCUUGAGCGAGCGCGUCAAGCCGCCGCACGCAUCAACGAGUUCUUUUCGUCCUCGUCGGUGAAACCGACGACGGCAGCGGUUCGUAAGGAACAGGGAACGGAUGCCGUCACGCCACCGCGAGUAUCCUCGAAGCACCGGGGCAAGGACACGGCUGGUAGGACGAAGGCAAGCAAUGCCACACCACGGCCCUUCUCGAAGGCACCUACGAUCCCACCGAACGCCACCAUCACCAAGCGACCGCCGGAGGACGAUAGCUACGAUUACGCAUACUACGACACCGGCAGCCCGGACGUGCCUGAGUAUGACGUCAUCGAGGACUUUGGCCGGAAGCGGGUUUGA